UAAAAGUACUUUGAAACAGUUUUGUGAAACAGGCUCUUUGAAUACAAAUUUCUAGCUUCAAGGUAAGUGGAAGUUCACUGAAAUCUUGUUUGCCUUUUGCUUUUGGUAGUUGGUAGAGUGCUGUAGUUUUUGUCUUUGUGGAAGAUAUUUGUUUUGUAUUUUUAACAAUUGGAAGUGCUAAUGUUGUGCCAGUUUAUGGUGUUAUCAGUUGUUUAUGCCAAGUGCAUUUUGGAUUUACCUUAUUUGCUGGUUGAUCACUUUACUCUCACCAAAUAACAUUAUAUAGCGUAACAAUUCCUAAUAUGAUAUUAUUUUUGUUUGUAUAUACUUCAUCAAAGGAAAGGAAAAGGUAUUUUCUUUAUAUUCUAAAAGGUUAUAUGAAUUGCAAGUAUGCUAUUUUAGGAAGCUGAUUUCUAGUGUCUGAAAUGCAAUUGCAAUUGUUCAGUGAUUAGGCCCCAUUUACAUGAUCAUACAUGCAUGGCAGCAGGAUCAUUGCUAUCAUGUUCAAGGAAAAUUCCAAUGCUAAUGUCAAAUCUAGAGUCAUUUGCAUUCAGUGCUGUGUAGUUACAAGCAAAGAUGUAGACUAAACAACAACAGGUGAUGAUGAUGACAGUUGGGAUAGCAGCUGCACUAAUAAGAAAACAAAAGGAACAAUCUAAGUAAAUAAAUAAUUUGUUGUUGAAGAGACUAGAGUCUUUUUUGUGUUAUUCUCCAUAACCAAAAAUUUUAAAAUUUAACCUUCCAAAAAAAAUUAUUUUGCUUAUAUAUUUUUGUAAUCUUAUAGAUUUUCUCCUUUUUUAAUGACAUACCUUCAAUCAUCAUGAAAAUAUCCCUCUUUGUAUCUGGAGACUCCGGUGAAAUGUUUUGGACGAGCUUAGCCACCCAUAAAAGUCAGGCCAGAGCAGACAACUGUCCACUGCAUUGGUCAUAAGUGCUUGAAGGAAAGUUACUUGUUCAGAGUCACUCAUGCUCACAAAUUGCAUGGUCUCCAAGAUGCUAUCAUGCAAGUAUUAUUGUAUAGAUGGGUGUUUAUUUCUUAGGAUAAUUUUGUAAGAUGUGGAAAAGUUCUAAGUUAGCCCAGAUUAAUUUUUACCCACCAAAGGCUUGUUACAGUUUUGUAAUGACUUGUUUAUGCAUUUGUUUUUAUAUGUAUUUGUUUUCAGGAAUGGUUCUGAAUCACAUUGCAUUAAUCAAUUACAAUGGAUUGGUAUUUUGUGCAUUGAAUGUACCCCAAUCUAUAAUGAACUUCUUUCCUUUGCCUCAACUAGAUACAAUAAAAAGAAUGUAUGACAUUGAAGUUGUAAUGGGAGAAGAUUGGUCUGAACACUAUUGGCCAAGAGGAGGAAAUGAAGUGGUAGAAUUCCAUCCUCCCAUUCAUGAACAAUGGUGGAACAAAUCUUCAAAUAUCAACAAAUACACCUUUGACAAGGGGGUCAUGGUGCAACAGCAGCCUAACCGUCGUGUUGGUAGCAUAGCUGACUACGACCCAGUGAAUGAGCAGUAUGGUUCAAUUAGCCAGCACACAGGUUCUGGUGGCUAUCGACAGGAAACAUCAUAUCAGGUGCAGCGCAGCAACUUAUAUGGUGACCCAACUACAGGCCAGCAGCCCCCACCACAGCACUUGAAUUCUAAUGCAGCACCCCACCAUAAGGUCACUGCUCCUCCUACACAGCUGGGGCGAUGUUAUCGUGCCAUGUAUGACUAUGAGGCAGCAGAUACGGAUGAAGUCAGCUUCAAGGAUGGAGACCUGAUCAUCAACUGUACAGCCAUCGAUGAAGGAUGGAUGACAGGCACAAUCCAGCGCACGGGAGUCACGGGCAUGUUGCCAGCCAACUAUGUAGAGAGAGUCAGCUGAAGUGUUUUCUCAUGGUACCAGUACACGGGGGAUCCUUGUGAACUUUUUAUUAUAUAUAUAUAUAUUUUUUUUUCUCUAUUCUUUUUAUGUAGGAGUUUUAAGUAAGUUUUCAUUCUAUGCUUUCCUGUGUUCAGCAUCUUUUUGUCAGUAAUUGCACUAUUUGUUAACCUUAUUAUUUUGAAACUGAUGUUGAUUUAGGACAGAAUUUCAGUUCAAAGGCCUCACAGUUAAAACAUGGGAAUAUUUAACCGUUUUAUCAGUUUUCAUACAUCUUAUUUUUUUCUUCAUUGGAAAACUCUUUAAUGCUUCCUGCCAUGAGUGCUUGUAUACAUGUACAGUCCAGUGUGAGUUUGUUUUAUUAAGGCUGAUUAUAUGUAAAUGGCUCCAGAAGUACUUAGGCACCAAGGAGUUUAAUUGAUAGGCCUACCUGUCCUCAUCUGUUUCCACCAUUUCUUGAAGUUUUAGGAAGAAGAAUUUUUUUUUAUAAUUAUCAUUUGUAUAUACCAUUCAAUAGUAAUGGAAAGAUUAUUGAUGGUAACAUCAAUAAUUGUAAUAGAGAUUUUAACUUUUCUCCCAUAAAUUCCAGGAAUGGAGUAAAAAAGUGAGGUCAAGUAGGCCAUCUAUGUUUAUGCAAAAUGAAUAAUC